CGACUCCUCUCUCGCUAUUGGUCGAGCGGGCCAGAGUGGCCCGAGAACAACAAACAAGUCCAUAGCUCGUCGGGAUGGACGCAGCGACUUUAACGUACGACACGCUUCGUUUUGGUGAGUUUGAGGAUUUCCCCGAGACCUCAGACCCUGUUUGGAUCUUAGGGAGAGAAUAUAGCGGUCUCACAGAGAAAGAUGACAUUCUAUCAGACGUCACCUCGCGGCUUUGGUUCACAUACAGAAAAAACUUCCCACCCAUAGGCGGCACGGGGCCCACAUCGGACACAGGCUGGGGGUGCAUGCUGCGGUGUGGGCAGAUGAUCCUUGGCGAGGCGCUGAUGUGUCGACACUUGGGCCGAGACUGGCGAUGGUCAUCAGGACAAAAGCAGAGAGAAGAGUACGUCAGCAUUCUCAACGCCUUCAUCGAUAAAAAGGACAGUUACUAUUCCAUACAUCAGAUCGCUCAAAUGGGAGUCGGCGAAGGCAAACCCAUUGGACAGUGGUACGGACCAAACACAGUUGCGCAAGUUCUCAAAAAGCUGGUGGUGUUCGACACGUGGAGCAAGUUGGUGGUGCACGUGGCUAUGGACAACACAGUGGUCAUCGAAGAGAUCAAACGUCUGUGUAUGCCGUGGCUGGACGCGUGCGGCGAUUCGACGGAGGCGAGCGGCGACGUGAACGGCUGCGUGGAGGGCGCCUGCGCUCUGGCCGGGGAGGACGUGGAACUCUGGAGACCGCUCGUCCUGCUCAUUCCGCUCAGGCUGGGACUUAGCGAUAUCAACGACGCCUAUAUUCAAACGCUCAAGCAAUGCUUCAUGCUGCCUCAGUCGCUGGGCGUUAUUGGUGGCAAACCAAACAGCGCUCACUUCUUCAUCGGUUACGUCGGUGAGGAGCUGAUCUAUUUGGACCCUCACACCACACAGCCCGCCGUGGAACCCUGCGAUGAUGGCCAGGUGCCCGACGACACGUACCACUGCCAGCACCCGCCCUGCCGCAUGCACAUCUGCGAACUGGACCCGUCCAUCGCUGCCGGUUUCUUCUGCAGAACAGAGGACGACUUUGAUGACUGGUGCAUGCGAAUAAGGAGGUUAUCGUGCAACAGAGGAGGCUUACCCAUGUUUGAGCUUGUGGACAGUCAGCCAUCACACAUGGUCAGCGUGGACGCCCUCAACCUUACUCCGGAUUUCUCCGAUUCCGACCGCCUAGAGCGCUUCUUUGAUUCCGAGGACGAAGAAUUCGAGAUUCUUUCUUUGUGAGGACUGCGCCAACCAUCCAAUACGGUUAAACACCUCAAUGAAGAAACCAAAAAAAGAUUCGUCUUUUUCCGCAUUUCAAGACGGGAAAAAAAUGCGCUCCGGGUCAGGAACGCUGACCCCGAAUAGGCGGGAUGCAACUGGUAUGUGCAUCCUCACCUCCAAACUUGUUUCCAUGGGAGUCUUAACUGCAAAACUAACGUUUAUAAGAUCAGAACGGUGCCUUGCCUUCCCCUGCUGUUAACUCCAAAUCCGUCCCUUAACCUGCUUCAACUGAUGCUACAUGACCACUCUGUAAAAAGUAUCCUUGGCCACCAGAUUAUUUAUUCACUCACCACUCUCAGAAGCAAAGAGAGCAAGGCGAGGCCAUGUGACUAAAAAGGACAAGAAACUUCAGGCAUGUUCUCAGAGGGCCAAUGAGCCAAGAGUAUCACAAAGUUUCCUCAGCAGGUUGUCACAGAAAUGCAUACAAGUGGACUUCCUGUACAUUGCACCGUUUAGGUUCAUUCUUAAAUUCCCCCCUAUCCCUAACAUUCUGGGACUGACAUGAGGGAAGUGAGAAAUAAACUCUAACUGAAAAGAUUUCACAAAAAAAUGUGUCCAGUCACUUUCAACUGUUUGCCAAGCAUAAUGUUGGGAAGAAACAGAACAGGAAUUGAGGUCUUUAUUUGAGAAAAAAAAAAGGACAAUGAACCUGGAUAUUAUUCAUUCAAUCCAUUUUCAAUUUCAAAUCAAAAACCAACUUGGCCAGAAACAUGAGCUGUUAGCAUUUUCCGUGUCAUUACACAAAAACAAUUUUUAUCCAGAAAUGGGAGCUGUUUACCAUUGUUCAUCGCAUGUAAUAUCACCCAAAAUUGCUUCCAUUUACUUUAUUCUGAUAUUUAUAUCAAUCUCUUUGAAAAUCUGUAGUGGAAAUGAAAGAAAACGGUCCAUGACAAGGCUACAACUUGCAAAACAUAUCUGCGAACAGCAUUCAGCCAGAUUGCUUAAAAUCAGUUUGGCACUCAGGUAAAUGUCUCAGACUGCAAGCUGUCACAGAAAAGCACACGUGGUUAAUUUUUUUAUAUAAAUUACCAGAAGCAUGAUCUGUAAGCAUUUGUUAUCAUGAUAUGAAGUCACCCAAAAUUUUUCAUUUAAACGUUUUUCGAUCUGAUACUUAUCGCAAACCAGUGGGACAACUUGAAGAAAAAUGUCCAUGACAAGGCUCCAACUUACAAAGCUGAUCUGGCAUGAGCAAUCAGCUAGUAUGAUAAAAAAGUACUUUUUAUCAGACUGCAUAUGCAGUUAUAAAAGCCAGAAUUAUUGCAACAGUUAAUCCAAUUGAAAAUUUGAGGUGGAAGAUGAAUGGUCUAUGACAAGGCUCCAACCUGCAAAACUGGACUGGCAACAGCAGCCAAAGUUGGAGCCGGAAUGAUGAACACUGUCACACAGGAAGUCUAUACUGCAGAGCUAAUUGUUUGAUCACGAUUUCUUUGUUUCUUGAAGCCAGACGUUGCCAUUUAUUUCAAAGUCAUUAAAAUUUGGCAUCACGUCUAUAAAUUUGCGUAUUUUCUUAACAGUCAAACAACUGAGGGAACAUCCACAGAGAAUGCGGAAUACACUUUUUUUUUUAAAAAUUGGCUAAAUAAUUAGCGUCCUAUUAGAUGUUGAAAUUCAAUUGGUAAUUUUUUAAUUGAAAAUUGAUUGAACAAAUUAUACAGAUAAUAAAGAAUAGCUGUCAUUUUAUGAGAAAAAUACAAUUUUAGGAAAGAGAAUACUUAUAUAAGUGAUGGUUUAAUAAGAAUAAAGGUUGAUUUUGAACUUGUAAAGCUGAACAAGAAGUUUUUGAAUGAAAUAAGGUUCAUUCGUCACUCCCAGUAAAAUGGUUUAGACGUCCUGGGCCGUCAAUGGCAUUGAAAGACAAGCAUUCAAGGUCAUCCUCCCCAUCAAUGGCUUGCAAUGAGUUAAGUACAGUACUUUGAAAAACAAACAAACUUUAAA